GUUUAUUUAAGCGACAACUACUAGCAAAUAAAAUCUUAAUCUCCAAACCAACAUGAAGAACAUUUUUGAACUAAUCAUCGGUGUCCUUGGGCUGAGCAUCUGUAUCCUAUCCGCACAAAUUCCGGCUGUUAGCUGGACCCCAUUCCACUACACCCCAUUCCACUAUUUCGUUCCGCACGCAAUGCUUCAGACGGAUAAUAUUGCGGUAGGCGCUCCAUCUGCUACAGAUUCAGCUACUCGCCCCGUCAUUGAAAAAUUAGAAAUGACGCAUCUACACAGAGAACUCUCAGAAAUAAGAAUAUUAAUUGCGCAAUUAGCAACCAAAACGGACUUGCAUGUAACAAACGCGGCUGUGAGGAAAAUUCUUUCGACUCUUCAGAUUUUGACCACGAAUUUUGCGGAUCUGGAUGCAAUUAAAACACAACUGGACGAGAAAGCAUCAGAGCUGGAUUUAAAUAAUACAAACACGGCUCUGCGGAAGGUCGAUUCUGAUCUCGAAAAACUGACUCAAAAUUUCGAGCAGAGUGCGAUUUCUACCGUUGUUGACAUUGGUCGUAUGCCCGAGUCCUGCGCGGAUCUCAAAUUAAUUGGCUAUAAAAUGAACGGAUUCUUUCAGAUCAAAGGAAAGGAAAAAAUUGAAAACGUUUAUUGUGAUUUUACUACUAAUGCCAUAGAGUUGCAGAAAUGGAUUGGAUACGCAGAAAUCAAAUCAGCGUCUGUCUAUUUCUACGUCCAGAAAAAUUCUAAUUUCAAAAAAACUGCCACUCCGAUUCCGUUCGAAUUGGAGCGACUGAACGUGGGAAAUGCCAUGAAUUUGGCAUCUGGCAUAUUCACGGCACCACGACCGGGAAUUUAUUUCUUCUCAUUCGCGGGAACAGCAUUUUAUGAACCUUCACAAUAUUUAAAAUAUUUUGGAGUUAGUCUUUAUCUGAACGACGAGUUAAUCGGAUCGGGGGAGGUCGAUUCCUUGAAGAACGUCGCUUAUGAAUGGAGUCCGUUGAGCCUUCAAUCGACGCUGAACUUGAAUAAGGGCGAUAAAGUCUGGCUGGAGCUUUAUUACAGUGACCCAACCAUGUUUUUGUUUGACAGCAGCCCUCCUAACCACUUCACUCAUUUCACUGGUUUCAUGUUGGAGGAGAACACUGUGGCGUCCCUUUGAGAUUUUCUGCGAAGGACAUGUAUUCCCAGUAAAAUGAUUAUGUAUGACUCAGUCUCACUUUUUUUUAAAUUGGAAUAAGACAAAUGUAGGAAAAUUAAUUUUAGUCUGGUUUAAUUAGGGGAAGGGAUUCAGGAGGGAGUAAAAAGUUUUGGGGAGUCUAAAAGUUUUCAGAACAAAUAAUAGAAAUAAAAGACUGCCACAUCCCCAUGCUAUUAUUGUAUUUUCAUCAAC